CGCCAUUGAUGCGUUCUCCACACCAUCUAUUUCGGGCUCCAUUUAUUUCAUCCCCAACUUCCGGGACCUCUAUUCUGGGUUCUAAGAUGUUGACACCUUGUUUCUCUAGAUCUUUAUCUUCAUUGGAAAUGGCAAAGCCGAACACCAUCGUUUGUGAUAACUUUUAUUCCAUAUCAUUGUCUAUACCUACGAUGGAAAUGAUGGAAGAGGUGGGAGCUCUGAUUGCCAUUCUCUCACAGCCAUCCGAUGUAAUGUUUCUGGAUGGUGAUCUUGGUGCGGGAAAAACAACUUUUAGUCGCGGAUUCAUCAAAUGCAAAUUGGGCGUUGCAGAUGACGAUUGUGAUGAUGAUGAGAAUGAUACACAGGAAAAUCGAACCGAAGAACUACGAAUAACCUCGCCAACUUAUUUGUUGUCUAACACAUAUGAGUACACAGAAGACGAUGAUUAUGACGAGGACGAGGACAGAGAACAAAAAGUUAUGGAGUGAGUAUUUUCUGAUAUUUUUCGUGUCUCAAUUCGUUCUGCUAAUGAUGUAGGCUUCCAUAGCUCAGCUCUGCUAUCGAGCAUCGUAUUGGAAGAAUUGUUUUGGAGAGAAUCAUGAUGACCCUUUCACAAUUUGUACUUCACACUCAUUCGGUUUCCGGCAUUCCACAAUAUUCCUUAUUUACACCUGGCAUGCAGAAUCCAUCACAUGGACCUUUACCGCCUAUCUGGGAAGUCUCCACGUGAUUUUGAACCAUUAGCCCUGGAUCAUGUAUUCGCGAAUUGUAUUUCUCUAAUUGAAUGGCCUAGUCGACUGCAAGCCUUUCCGGAACUUCUACCACCUCACGAAACCUUACUAAAGAUGGACAUCCGUAUUCCUGACCCUACCUCGGACAAACGAGUUAUGUCAUUGAUUUCUUCUACAAAUUCAUCUUGGACAACCAGACUGAAGUAUCUUGUUGACGAGGGAAUGGUUGACGAUAUGUUAAUAUGUUCGGACCGCGAUACAGACGAUCAUACGGCCCAAGUUGAUACAGAUUAAGCAGUCUUAGAUGAUUAAGCUUCAAUAUUGUAGUAAACAGCAUGUAAAAGU